AUGUUUCGCCUAUCAAGAUCUCGGAAAGAUAAGGAGGAGAGGCAUCCAACCGAUGUAUCCGAGCCGUCUCGACCAAGAUCCAUCAAUGAAUCCACCAAUCGGACCUCUACAUCAUCCAAAUCAGUGCCAGUUCCAAGGGCGGUUACACGACCAGCGGGUCCUUCAUUCCAUACUGAAAGUUCAAUUCUGCGCACAUAUCAAACCGUAGCAUAUGAUGCUUGGGAUGUGCCACGCCUGACUAAAACCCCAUGGGAACUCGAACGAGCCAAGUGGAACUCAACACAACGACGCUCAAGACCCCAAUAUCGAUUUCCUGCGCAAGUCUUCAAGAACCUCCCUAAAGAGGUAUACAACUGCAUAGUUGCGCAACUUGAAAAUAUCUAUCAAGACCGCGACCAAGCUUGUUCAUCAUGCUAUUUACGAGACCUUCACAGCCUUUCCUUGACGAGUCGUGCAUGGGAAAAGGCUGCAAGUACAACCAUGUACUACAGAGCCCUAGUACUUGCUAAUGAAGAACACACUGGGCUCCCGAAGCUCAGGAUCAAAGGCACAAGUAGACUUAAACUACUACGGAGGACGCUUCGCGCCAACUCAGGAUUAGCUCGACGUGUACGAGAACUACACAUGCUUGACUUCCAGUCGCUCUAUCAAAAUGCAACCAUCGAGCGAGAAGAGAUUGCGAACCUGGUAGCUUCUUUGGUUUUGGCCUGUCCACGCUUAGAACGCCUGGUAGGGUUUCACGUCCACUCCUCGCAGGCAUUUGAUCGGUUGUCACAUGCGCUGUCAACAAGACCAAAUCUCAAGGAGCGGGUGUUGAUAUUGGCCGAUACAGAUAUGGAGACGGGAGUAGACGAUGAUGAAGAGAGGCUAGGAGGCAUAUAUGUUGCCGAAUGCGACCCAACCGAACGCUUCCUUGAACUCAGCUCUAUCCAUUCCGCGCUAUCUACUUUGGUAUUGCAUCAAGAGCAGGGCCGGUCUUUGAUAAGCCUAAAUUUCCGAGCUAUUGUUGGGACUUUUCGAAACUCUCCCUACAUGCGUCAUCUUGUGGUAUCUGGACUGGCGGCGAAUUCGUUCGCCAGCAUGGCCCUGAACGCUAUACCGUCUAAUCUAGAGUCUCUGCGCCUUGAGAAUCUCCCCGGCAUAACGGAAAAGAGCAUACAACGCUUCGCUAUCUCUCAGCAGGCAAUGUCCAUCCAGAAGCUGGCACUCAUAGACUUGGACAUUGAAAGUGUUCUCACCAUAGCAGACAUACUGUCUCCACACCUUGCAAGUCUAACAGAAUUCUCACUUGUUCAAACAAGCGCCCCCACCUUACUGUGUCGAAGCUCGGAGCCUAGUUUUCGAUCGCCGUCGCUUCGGUUUAUCCACUGGGAGUUAUGCUCUGAGGCUUCUUCUCUGCCUUCGUUCAUUUCGCCUUCGUCCAUUGAACUGCCAGAAUCGCGACCAUUCCCUUUCACGAAUCUCGAACCAAUCGCUUGCCUCGCGACGUCUCUGCUUGCGGCAGGUAUCCAGGCACACGCCUUCCCAUCGCUCCGUCGCAUUCGCAUACCUCACGAUCCCCAAGGCGUCAUCCAAUCGCUCUGUAAGCCUCUCGCAACAGCACUUCUUCCAUCCGAUACGUCCAAAUUUGCGACUGCGUCACGUAUCUCCACUUCAGACGGAUUUUCCAUUAUGCUAGAAGAGCCUGCUACAUUAUCACCCAAAAUGCAUGGAUCCUUUACCUACAGGGCGACGUCGGCAUCACGUGUAGAUUCUGUAGUCGGCUCUACGAUGUUCGAUCCAAGUCCUACAGAAGUCGUCCUUACGCCGAUGCGAUCGCGUCUCGUAGCACAGUCGCGUAUCCUUGCUGCUAGGAAGAAUGCGACCAUGGUCAUUCGCGUCUUUGACCCCGAGGGCGAAGUGAGAGUGAACAAGAUUAUCGGAGGCCAUAUCGGCCAUAUAGACAGUAAGAUUACUUACGACAUUAAGACGGCUGGACGGAGUGGAUGGAUCACGGGGAUAGCUGACUUGGUCGGCGACAAGGGCACAGAGCUACUUCGGUGUAAUCGAGCAAGUUGUGGACAUUUUGUUAGUGGAGGAACUGGACACAGCGUCUUGAUGGCUGAAGAUCUCUUCUGAGGUGAGAUGUUCUUUUGGCGGAUCCCGAGAUCAUCUUCCCUGCUCUCGACCAUUCACUGGUAUGCUGAAUGCUUCAACUUGUCAGCUUGCUUAUGCGACAUAACACGAUACCCAGUUUUUGUUUGACCCAGGCAUGAGUAAUGUCUAAUGCGGAACCAGUCCGCAUAUUUUGUAAUAUCAGAGCCGUUGCAAACGUAUCACUUACAGGAUUCAUAUUUAAUGAAGAGUGCAAGAGGCCAGGUAGCAACUUGAGCUAUAGGAUAAUUAAAUAGGAUGUUGAUGAUUCUUCGCUCACGCAUUCAGUA